UGGGAGAAUUCGAGUUCAGCGGAGCUGCUCUUCCCCUUAAUUCUCUUGGUGACAUACCAGCCGUAACAAGUGGGGGCCUGACCGGGAUUUGAACUGUCAAUUCGCAUUUUGUUAAUCACUUUUGUUUGCCAUUUGUAACAUGUGAUUCCCUUGGUAUUGCACUUUUAUCGUGUUUUUUCUCAGCCGUUGUAACACAUGUUCCCGUUGGUUUUGUUGUUUUGUGAUCGUGCAAUUGACUUCAUUACGUCUCGUGUAUUUUGGUCAUUAAGACACCGAGUCGCUUCUUUCUUGUGCAUGCAGAGUGCAUUUAAGUGAUCUUUGGUUUUGUAAACAAUAGUCUUUGUAUAUAUUUGACUUGUUUUUUGCUUGGUGACCAUAUUAGGCAUUUUGCUGUUUCUUGGUUGCCUUUAAUCGUACGUUUUAGUGAUUUGAUGUACAGGUUUUGCGAUUGUUCACGCAUUUCGUAUUUUUCUAUCUAGCUAGCUAGCUUAUUUUCGCCUGUCUAUUCUUCUCGGUGAUUCAUUAUGUUCAGCGUUGAAAGUUUUGUUGCAAAUCCGUCAGCCGAAGUGCUGGUCGGUUUAACUAAAGCCCAGUGGAGUGAGUUAGCCGCUCAUUAUUGCAUCCCUUUUCGGUCAUCCUUACGGAAGGAUGAAAUUCGUACAUUAGUGACCGAGUAUUUAUUAGAACACAAGGUGUUAAGUGAGGAGGAUUUAGAGCCCUUGUGUCCUCGGGAUGUCACGAUGGCCCGCCAGUAUGACCUGGAGAGCCGUAAGAUAGAUUUGGAAAUGUUUAAGGCAGAGAAUGAGCGGAUGCGUCUCAUGCAGAGACCUGAUAGGGAACACCAUCCUCAUUUUCGUAUAGAGGAUGCAAUUAAAUUUGUUCCUAAAUUCAAUGAGACAGAGCCUGAGUACUUUUUCAUUCAUUUUGAGCGAGUUGCUGCCUUGCAUGGUUGGCCCGAAGAUAAGUGGGUAUUGCUUGUUCACAGUGCAUUUGUUGGCAGAGCUCAAGAGGUUUUCUCAGCUCUGGAUUUGGUACAGUCACAAUGUUAUUAUGUAGUAAAACAAGCUGUUUUAAAUGUUUAAAAAGGGUACCAGAGGCUUACAGACAAGAUUUCCGUUAUUAUCGUAAAGAUAGCAAACAAACCUUUGUUGAAUUUAUUCGCCAAAAGCAACUUUUGUGUAAGAAAUGGGUCGAGAGUGAACUUGAUGCACUCGAGUACGAUAAAUUACUCGAGCUCUUUGUACUAGAGGAAGUUAAGAAAAGUAUGCCUGUAAAAGUUCGCUCUCACAUUGACGAACGUGGUCUGCGCACAUUAGCCGAGGUCGGCAAAGCCGCCGAUCAUUUCGCUCUCACUAAUCCCAACUACUCUUGCAGAUCUAAUGAGCCUUCAUUCCAGUCUAUCCAGCAUAAUGGUAAGAGGAUGGAGUAUAGUUCCAGGAGGACUGGACUGCCAGAUACCCACAGGACUGUUCAUACAAAGUCAGAAACAGGUGGUGAUGAGAGUAAGAAGGUUGCUUCUCGCGGAUUUCUUAGUGUCGAUGAGUCGUGUAAGUCGUCUUCCCCAGUCACUAUUCUACGGGACUCGGCUGCAGAUAUAUCAUUGGUACUCAAGGAGAUGGUUCCUAACCCUGACUGCUAUACUGGAGAGAUGAUUAUUAUUAAUGGACUGGUAGGGUCCAAGAGUAUACCCAUAUGUAAAGUCUACCUUGAAUCUAAAUUGAUAACUGGGUACGUAAAUUUAGGUGUUGUUGAUAAUAUACCAAGUGAUGGCAUUUCGCUCCUUAUGGGCAAUGAUCUAGUUGGUGAUAAGGUAUGGCCUUGCCCUGUAGUUUCACCUUGCCCGACAGAGGAGAACAACACCGUAGAUUUAGAGAGGGAGUAUCCCGAUCUCUUUCCUGCAUGUGCUGUCACCCGCAGUGCAAGUCGUAGGUCCUCCCCUCCUACCAAGGCGCUUACCGCCGGUACUGCAUUACCAAAGAGAGCCUUAAUGAUAUAUUCACCGAGGAUUUCACCUUGGCAGAUUUCUUUAAAUCAUCUGACAAAGAUUCAAACAUUUCUGCUUCUGAUAAUUCUAAUAUAG